AUGACGACCAUGGAUUUACGAGUCGGCAACAAGUACCGCAUUGGCCGCAAGAUUGGCAGCGGCAGUUUCGGUGACAUCUACCUCGGAACAAACAUCAUUUCUGGUGAGGAGAUUGCCAUCAAGCUUGAGAGCGUCAAGGCCAAGCACCCCCAGCUCGAAUAUGAAGCCCGUGUCUAUAAGUCGCUCGCGGGUGGCGUCGGCAUUCCUUUCGUUCGCUGGUUCGGUACCGAAUGUGACUACAAUGCCAUGGUCAUCGAUCUGCUGGGUCCCAGUCUGGAGGACCUUUUCAACUUCUGCAACCGCAAGUUCUCGCUGAAGACGGUGCUGCUUCUCGCCGAUCAGCUCAUUUCCCGCAUUGAAUACAUCCACGCCAAGUCCUUCAUUCACCGUGAUAUCAAGCCCGACAACUUCUUGAUGGGUAUUGGCAAGCGUGGUAACCAGGUCAACGUGAUUGAUUUUGGUCUCGCGAAGAAAUACCGUGACCCCAAGACUCACUUCCACAUUCCUUACCGUGAGAACAAGAACCUCACUGGAACUGCCCGUUACGCCAGUAUCAACACUCAUCUGGGUGUCGAGCAGUCGCGUCGUGACGAUAUGGAAUCUUUGGGCUAUGUUAUGCUCUACUUCUGCCGUGGUUCUCUCCCCUGGCAGGGUCUGAAGGCUGCUACCAAGAAGCAGAAGUACGACCGGAUCAUGGAGAAGAAGAUGACCACCCCCACUGAAGUCCUGUGCCGUGGUUUCCCCAACGAAUUCGCCAUUUACCUGAACUACACUCGUUCGCUCCGCUUCGAUGACAAGCCCGAUUACUCUUACCUUCGCAAGAUCUUCCGUGACCUCUUCGUCCGCGAGUCCUUCCAGUACGAUUACGUCUUCGACUGGACCGUCUACAAAUACCAGAAGAAUGCCGCCAUGAUCGUGGAUGCUUCCAAGAAGGACAAGGAUGCCGAGGACCAGCAGCGUCGCCAGGUUUUGCCUUCUGCUGCUAUGGCAACCAGCGGGACUGCCAAGCCCGGUGGCAUCUCCAACCAGCGCCGUAAGGUCGUCGAACGCAGUGCUCUCGACACUCCGGACACCAACCGUGCCGUGGGAGGAAUCUUCGGCGUUAGGCUGCGUUCUGCCUCGAAAGGUGCUGCUUUGGGUUAUGGACCUUCUGGUGGCCGUUCGAAGCGGGACGAUGGAGCGGGUGCCCAGUGGUAUUAA